GAGCGCGCGCACUUCGGGCAGCGCGUUGCGGGCCGGAAGCCGCCGACGGGGCGUUCGAGAGAGAGCCACCGCCGCGCCGUGUCCACCGAGCCCAGGCCUUCGGUGAGCGCGCCGCCGCUUUCGAGCCUCGGGUCCGGGCGCGCCGGCACCGCAGACUAACCGCGGACCACGAGGGGCAGUCGCGGCGCUGCCGCCCCAGCUCCUCAGCCGCCAUGGCCGCGGCACCGGACGAGCCAGCCAUCGGCAUCGACCUGGGCACCACCUACUCCUGCGUUGGCAUCUUCCAGCACGGUAAGGUAGAGAUCAUCGCCAACGACCAGGGCAACCGCACCACUCCCAGCUACGUGGCCUUCACCGAGACCGAGCGGCUCAUCGGCGACCCGGCCAAGGCACAGGUGGCGCUGAACCCGGAGAACACGGUGUUCGGUUCCAAGCGGCUCAUCGGUCGCACCUUCGACGACCCCAAGCUGCAGGACGACCUCAAGCACCUUCCGUUCGCCAUCGUCAACGAGAACAAUGCGCCCAAGAUCAAGGUCACCUACAAGGGCGAGGAGAAGGUCUUCAACCCGGAGGAGAUAUCGGCCAUGAUCCUGACCAAGAUGCGCGAGGUGGCAGAGGCGUACCUGGGCCAGAAGAUCACGCUCGCCUGCGUCACCGUGCCGGCCUACUUCAACGACUCGCAGCGCCAGGCGACCAAGGACGCCGGCACCAUCGCCGGCCUGCAGGUGCCCAAGAUACUGAACGAGCCGACGGCCGCGGCUCUGGCCUACGGCCUGGACAAGGUGACCAGCGGCGAGAAGCUCGUGCUCAUCGUCGACCUCGGGGGCGGCACGUUCGACGUGUCGCUUCUGUGCAUCAAGAACUCACAGACGUUCGACGUGCUCGCGACGGCCGGAGACACGCACCUGGGCGGCGAGGACUUCGACAGCCGCCUGGUGGACUACUUCAUCGAGGAGAUCAAGCGCAAGUUCAACACGGACAUCUCGGGCAAGGCGCGCGCCGUGCGCCGACUGCGCACGGCGGCCGAGCGGGCCAAGCGCAUCCUGUCGUCGACGGCCGAGACCAGCAUCGAGAUCGACGCUCUCUUCGACGGUAACGACUUUUACACCAAGAUCACGCGCGCCCGAUUCGAGGAGUUGUGCCUGGAUCUCUUCAAGAGCACCCUGGGGCCGAUCCAGAGGGCCUUGGACGACUCCAAGAUCGACAAGAUGAAGAUUGAUGACGUGGUCCUGGUCGGCGGUUCCACGCGCAUUCCUCGCAUCCAGAGGCUGGUCAAGGAGUUCUUCAACGACAAGGAGCCCUGCCACAACAUCAACCCGGACGAGGCCAUCGCCUACGGCGCGGCCGUCAGUGCCGCCCUGUCCGCCGGCACCAAGGACGAGACCAUCAAGGACGUCAAGCUGCUCGACGUGGCGCCGCUGUCUCUGGGAAUCGAGACGGCCGGCGGUGUCAUGACCAAAAUAAUCGGCCGCAACACCAAGGUCCCGUGCAAGACUUCCAAGCCGUUCACCACCUACUCGGACAACCAGACGGGCGUCACCAUCCAGGUGUACGAAGGGGAACGGACCAUGACCAAGGACAACCACCACCUCGGGCGCUUCGAGCUGACCGGCAUCCCUCCGGCUCCCCGGGGCGUGCCCAAGAUCGAGGUGACCUUCGAGAUCGACCACAACGGCAUCCUCAACGUGUCGGCCCGGGACGAGAGCACGGGCCACGCGCAGUCCAUCUGCAUCACGCACGAGAAAGGUCGCCUGUCGGACUCUGAGAUCGAGCGCAUGCUCAAGGAGGCCGAGAUGUACCGGCUGGAGGACAUCGCUCAGCGGGAGCGCGUCGCUUCCAAGAACUCGCUGCAGAGCUACGUGUUCAGCGUGCAGCAGGCCAUCAAGGAGGUCGUCAGCGAAAAGAUUUCCAACGAGGAGAAAGAGAAAGUGCUGGCCAAGUGUAAGGAAGCCAACUCGUGGCUCGACGACAACCAGAACGCGGCGGCGGGAGACAUACAGGCCAAGCUCAAGGAAGUGCAGGAGAUCUGCUCGCCGCUUAUGAUCAAGAUGCAUAUGGGCUGAACGGCUACCAAGCAAAAUGGCGGUUCGUGCGCGCCUGGCUUUAUCGGUGGCCGGCGAGCUCUUCUCUCUCGCCUGUCUCCUCAUUUGUCCCGAAAAGGUCGAGUCGAGGCCCGAGCGAAAAUAAAAUCGACCGCGCGCACUGCCCACUUGCCCUCAAACCACGGCGACGUUGUUUGUAUACGUGUGUGACCUUUAUGGCAAAGGCGUUGCGCGGUCACCCGCGUCUCUUAUGUCGUCGUGUGGCGACAGCGCUCUCCUACGGAAGACACUCCCAAUAGUUGAGCAUUAAAGUGUAA